UCUGCAACGCCCCUUUUUCAUUUCAAUCGCUGCGCUCGCUAGCGACGCCGCGAAAAGACAGCGCCUCGGGUGCUCUGCUAAGCUCCUUGGAGUGUAACUGUUAGUUCGGCUGGCUAGCUGCUGGUUUUGCCCUAAGCUGACUGGAGGUGUUGUGUGGUGCAGGUGGCCUUUGAAGACUCGGGAUUCGUGAAGGUUGGGUUGGAAUCUGCAGUGUGAAUAUCGCGGUUCGCCAAUGCCGCCGAGCUGGACGUGCAUACAAGAGUUUGGUGACCAUAAUCAGCGGUGGAACGGGGAUCACAUGAUCCUGUGAAGCAAAAAGCCGUGGUGCGCCCUCUAGGGGGCGCCCCCGCAAACCAUAGGACGAACUCCUGAGGUCCAUGAGGGGCUGGAUUCGCUGGUGGGCCCUCUUGCUGGCCCUGCUGCUCCCUGGACCAUGCUUCAAGGCAGCCGAGAGUCUGGCCCUCUUCGAGAAAUGCAUGCCGGACCUGGGCUGCUUCCGCACUGGCGGCCACUGGUUUCACCUGUUGUACCGGCCGGUGUCGCUACUGCCCGACGACCGGCACCUAGUCAACACCACGUUCCUGCUGUUCACGCGCAGCAACCCCGUGGUGCAGGAGUACCUGCAGUCGGACGUCGACCACCUCGUGCACCACACCGUGUUCCAGCCAAAGAAGCCUACCAAGAUCAUUGUGCAUGGCUUCAUGGACAACAUCCUAGUUGGAAACUGGCUUUUUGAGAUGAAAGACCGCUUCCUGGACACCAUGGACUGCAAUGUGAUAGUGGUUGACUGGCGAGGAGGCAACGUGCUUCCUUACAGUCAAGCCACAGCCAAUGGCAGGGUCGUUGGAGCAGAGAUUGCCUUUCUAGUCAAAACGACGGAGAAAGUGUUGGGGGCGAGCCAAUCAACCUUCCAUUGCAUCGGACACAGCUUGGGAGCCCAGAUCUGCGGCUACGCUGGCUCAAGACUUGGCAACCUCGGUCGGAUCUCAGGACUGGACCCUGCCGGUCCUUUAUUCUACAGGAUGCCCCCCGAUGUCCGGCUGGAUCCGACCGACGCCAACUUCGUCGACGUCAUCCACUCGGAUGCCAGCAAGCCGUACUUCCUUAUUGAAGGCUUCGGAGUAAACCAGAUGGUGGGACACGUUGACUUCUAUCCCAACAACGGCAACAACCAGCCCGGCUGCCAGAGGUACAACUUUCGGAAGUUUGUCGACGAAGGUGGUCUCAUUGAAGGCGUGCGCCGUUUGAGUUCGUGCGACCACAUCCGUUCGCUGGACUACUACAUGGAGUCCAUCACCCGCGACAUGCGCUGCCUUCCGGUGGCCGUGUCGUGUCCCUCCUGGGAGGAGUUCGAGGCCGGCCGGUGCUCGCGCUGCGGCGGCAAGGACUCUCACUGCGCCGUCAUGGGCUUCUACUCGGACCGCAUGAAGACCAGCGCCGAAGGGCAGCGCAUGGGGCGCAAGCUGUACCUCAAGACCAACGACGGCCACCCGUUUUGUUUGCACCAGUACCAGGUGGCUGUCCAGAUGUCCAAGACUCCCAAGAGAGCAGUGUGGGACGCCUUCGGACAACUCUACCUCAACCUAAAGGGAAAGUUUCAUGUCAGGCUUGGAAACAGGCCUCAGGACAUCCGCGGUGGACGUCGGUACACUUACUACGUGACCACCCGGGAGGAAGUUGCGGACGCCGGAGAGCUGGGGCUGAAGUGGAACAACAUGGAUCCGGAGGUGGACAACCAACUGUUCGUGCACUCAGUCAAGCUGCGGCCCUUCGACAGCUACUUCAAGCGGGGCAAGAAGAGUCUGACUCAGACUCUGUACUGCGCCAACAACUCCUACGCUCUUCAAUCGGGGGAGGAGCUGUUCCUGCGAGAAACCGACUCCUGUCCCGACUAUUGAGGCUGCUAUUGGGAGCGAAGCUCUGCGAACAUGUGCCGUGAAGUUCAUUCUCGAGCGUUCCGCGCAGUUCAUCUGUUCCAUCCUUAGGAAAAACAUAGAACUCUUGUCAUUACUCUACCGGAGGAAUGACGUCAUCUGUGCCAUGACAUCGUCAUCGAGAUCAUUCAGUGCCAGCAAGACACUUUCACCCAUUUUUAGUGUGUUUUCAUCUGCAGUGCAUCGUUUCUUUUUAUUUCUCAGGAAAAGCGUGAAGGGCGGAGUACCACUAUAGACCACAUGACGUUUGAUUUAAGCGAACUUUGUGGACGUGCAUCCGUUUGUUGGUGUUGAUGUAAAACAUUACGCUCAACGCCGUGUCACAGCCAGGACAAAUAUUUUUUUUUCCUUGUCGCCAGAAUAAAAACACUCAGGGGUGCCUGGUGCAGUACAAUGUAUUCAGACAUUGCAAUAACUCAUAAACACAAGAUUUGAGCAGCCAUCAUCAAAAGCUCUGUUCCCAGAAUACGCUGAAGUUUCGGUAUCUUUUAAAACUGGUGCUUGGUGUGCCUGCAAGCUUUCCUUUAAGAUUAGGACGUAAACACUUCCUUCUGGAUGCUCUACUGACCGAGCUUAUUUGUCUCUACGUUUUUAGUUAUGACAGUCAUGCGGCAGUCUGCAGACUCUGUGCGUGAUUCAGCAACACUUUGCGAAAUACAUUUCUUGGGUAAUAUUGUAUGAAGGUCGACCAUCGUCAUGCCACUUGGUGUCUGUCCAAUGAAAAUGCAUUUUGCACGAAUUAAAAAAAAGCAUUCUCAAUACCA